CACAGCACGAGAGUGUCUACUACGAGAGUGGUGCGGUCUGGUGUUCAGUUGAUAUGAACUUGGUAUACUGUUUGUACGCUUAGAGGAUCUAUUGAAUCCAUUAAUCCAUUUAGGCACUUUAAAUGGAAUUCUUGUGAGGGAAAAAAGAUGGAAAAGUCGGACGCAUGCGAUCCAUACGGCAGACCCGCGCGCAGGACACAAUGGAUAGUGAGCACUCUGGCUUAUCAUUACGGGCUAGACCGUGGAGUGGAAAACGAAAUUAUAGUCCUCGCAACCGGGCUGGAUCAAUACCUCCAAGAGAUAUUUCAUCACCUGGACUGUCAGGGAGAUGAAAAAAUACCAGCCGAGGAUUUUAACAUUCUUUGCGAGAUUUUAGGACUCAAUAAAGAGUGUGAUCUGGAGGAGUGCGCGGGGAUUUUGGAUAAUCUACCCAAAGAGUUCAGUUUCAGACAGUUUCACGCAAAACUGUGCGGCUAUUUCAGUACCAAAGCUGGAUGCCAGUAUGAGAAUGGGAGGUUGUUGGUUGGGAAGGAGAGCGAACAUAUAGAGACGCAGAUCAGACUCAGGAGCCCCUUGAGGCGGCGCGAGAAGGUGCUGUCUUUGGGUACCAGUAAAAAGCGAGAUAGCGGAGAGCCGCCUGCUUCUUCCACUGUGGAUAAACACGCGUCAGUUUGUAGGCAGCUGGGGUCCUGCACCAGGGAGUGCUAUGAGGAAAUCGUGGCCCUCGAGGAGGCUGAGGACAGGAUAACAAAACUUGAGGAGGAAAAUGCGAGUCUCAGGGAGUUGGUGGAGGACAUGCGCGCGGCUCUUCAAAGCAGUGAUGCUCGAUCUCUGGCCUUACAGGUGGGCCUAUGGAAAAGCCACUCGAAACAUAAACCAGAGGGUGGCUGUUUCAUUGCCCACCAAAGGCAAACAGCCCAGAAACCUAACAUUUCUGGGAACCUGAAGGACAUCCAGAGUUUCUUGAGAGAAGUGGAGUACAUCCGGAGUUCCCGGGAUGGGCAGAUCGAGGAGGCCAUGCUCUUCAACCAGAAGCUGGAGCAGGAGCUGCGAGUAUCACAAGAGACAGUGCUGUUGCUGGAGGAUUGUAACAGGACUCUUAAAAAGGAGCAGGCUGAGGUGAGGAAAAGAGCGGAGGAAGCCAGGCAAGCUGUUCUCAGUGGCCUCAAGAAAGUGAAGGAGCUGGAGACCAAAGCCAGUCUUGUGCCUGUUCUGCAGAGGCACAUCGAGCAGCUAGAGAUGGAGCUUCUGUUCUACAGAUCUGAAGUGUCUAAAGCAUCUGUUCCAUUCCUCAACAAACCAGACAGACGGUAUAAUGGGGUUAGUCAGACUGUGCCACGCUGUUACCUAGACACAGAGCAGGAUCGACGCUCGCCGACGGGACGUGCAGAGACUGUGCCUGACACUAUGGAGGAGCAGUUUUUCCGUUCAGUGGAGGGUCAGGCGGCUUCUGAUGAAGAGGAAGAAAGAUGGACCGGAGAGCAACAGAGACAAGUGGACGAGGUGAAGCGAAUCCUCACCAGACUGUCCUGCUGUGGAGACAGGUGUGAUGAGAAAGCAGCAAAGAAGCUGCUGUCUCAUUUCGGCGACUCUCGCACAGAGGAGAGUCAGACGGCUGUGCUAGAGCUGCUGGAGAGGGUCAUACGACUCAACAAACUACUAGAACUGAAGGAGAGUCAGGCCAAGAGGGCAGAGAUGGACACUGACCAGAUGAGGCACGCCCUGGUCCAGGAGCUUCAACAGAAGGCCGAGGAGACGGAGCUGCUCCACCUGGAGCUGCAGAUGCUGGAGACGGAGCGGGUGCGUCUGUCUCUGGUGGAGGAGAAACUGAUGGAUGUGCUCCAGCUGCUGCAGCAGCUGCGUGAGCUGAAUGUCUCGAGGAGAUCUUUAGGAAAGAUUCUGCUCAGCACAUUGGAGUCCUGCAGUGAUCCUCAGCAUGGGAAAGCACAUAUCUUGGAGGUGCUCAAUGCUCUUUGUCAUGAGCUUGCUGCAUGUGAGAUCCUCUCUAAUGGCAAGAAGAUAGAGAGAACACAGAGUCACCAGUCUCUCACCAACUCCCAGCUCAUCUCCUGCUAGACAUUACUGCCACCUGAUGGUCGUAGGAUGCUACAGACCUUUACACACACUUUAAACUUGGAAAAGGGACCAAAAUUAGCCAUGUAUGUUUCUUUGUGUUUAUAUUUCUGUGUAAAUAAUUUAGCUCAUUAUCAUUUAUAAUGAAACAUGAUGUGACUCAUUUUAAAGCUACUUUUAAAAAUGUACCUUUUACAUACAAUGUUGGUCAGUAUUAGUUUAAAAUACAUGCACAUUAUACAACAGCCUUCAUUACAGCUUUGUCAUGUGCUACUGAACUGCCUGAUCAUACAGAAUCUCUCAGGUGUAGACGAUGUAAGGCUCAAUAUAUCAAGACUAAUUCAAGGGGGAAACAUCUAUACUAGAUGCAGUAUAUUACAGAUGUUAUAUAAAUACCUUAAUUAAAUAAAGCUUUCUUCCAUAUCUUAAA